AUGAAAUAGCAGCCACAGGAAAAGGUGAGAAGGCAGCAAUCAUUAUCACCCAGGGCAGCAAAACAUCUGGCUCUUGGUAACAUGAAGAAGGUUUCACGAUCAUCCCAGGACCAACUCCCCCCACCACUCUCUUCCCAGUCCUCCAGAACCCAAAUGCAGAGCAGCAGCAGCAGCAGCAGCCAGUUGGAAGACCAAGUCCUCUGUCCCAUUUGCCUGGAGGUGUUCCACAACCCAGUCACCACAGCCUGUGGCCAUAACUUCUGCAUGACUUGCCUUCAGAGUUUCUGGGACCACCAGGUUGCCAUUGGGGAGACUUACCACUGUCCCCAGUGCAAAAAGGACUUCCCCAGCAGGCCCCACCUCUGCAAGAAUGUCAUCCUUGGAGAGAUGGUAGCUUGCUUCACCCAGGCCAAGGGCCAGGCCUCAGGGCCCUUGUGGAACAACAGGGCUGGCCCCACAGAUGUGCCCUGUGACUUCUGCUCCCCACAGAAGCUGAAGGCGAUCAAGUCCUGCCUGCAGUGCAUGGCUUCCUUAUGCGAGAAGCACCUGCGCAGCCACUUUGAGGACAAGCUGUUCCAGGACCACCAGCUGUUGGACCCCGUGUGGGACCUCAAGAACCGCCUGUGCCGCAAGCACCGCAAGCUGCGGCAUCUGUACUGCCGCACGGAGGGCAGCUGUGUGUGCACGGCCUGCCUGCUCGAGGAGCACAAGAACCAUGACACCACCCCUCUGGAGGAUGAACGGUCACGCAAGGAGGAAGAAGUUCGGAAGAUUCAGGCCAACGUGGAGAACCAGAUGCUGAUCAUCGCCUCGGACAACCAGAAGCACCAGGGACGAAUGAGCUUUCUCUCGAAACUGAUUCAGACAAUUCGAGAUGAGGUGAACACCUGCUUCUCAGACAUCCUCCAUGAGAUUAAACAGCUGCAGAUAAAGGUCUUGGAUUUUGUGGAGAAAGAGGAGGAGGCUGCCCUGCAAAAGCUGGGCAGCUCUAUCCAGCAAAGCCACAACCGGCUCCUGAAGUUGGAGGGGGACAGCAUCUGGCUUCACAGUCUGCUCACCAACCGGAGUGAUGAGCAGUUCCUACAGGAGUUUCCCCGACUGAAGCACUUCCCUGACUGCGUGGAACCCUUGAUGGGCACCAACUGUGAGGAGGCGCAGAGCUUCCUUCAGCUGCCGGAAACUCUGGCCCAGCUCCGCACCAGGCUAAUGGACAUAGGCCUCAGCUUCAUCAACCAGCUGCUCUUGAAGGGCAUCAAGAUGAACUCCUAUGAGGUGCUGCCCCCAAUUGUGGACAGGAAGACGCUACUGCAGUAUUACUGCAACCUGAACUUCGACUCCGACACGGCCAGCGAAGAUCUGUUCCUGUUCAAGGAAACACACUCCGUGUUGAACUUGGGCAUUCUUCUGGAGCCGUCGACCACAAUCACCAACACCCCCUUACCGGGCUUCAAGCAGUGGCCCCAGGUGCUGUGCUGCCCCGGCCUGUCGGAAGGCUGUCACUACUGGGAGACUGAGGUGUCCAACUCGUGGAUGUGCCUGGGAGUCACGUACCGUCGCAGCCCCCCGCUGACCGGCAGCCGCCCGCGGCGCAACAUCGUCUACCUGCUGGGCCGCAACUCCUACUCGUGGUGUCUGGAGUGGGACUCGAUCAAGUUCUCCGUGUGGCACAACAACACGCAGACGGUGCUGCACGGCUCCUAUCAACACACGCUCGGCGUGGCGCUGGACUUCGGCGCCGGCUGCCUGUCCUUCUACGGCGUGGCGGGCGGCAUGAGCCUCCUGUACCGCUUCCUCACUUCCUUCCUGGAACCUCUCUACCCCGCGGUCAUGGUUAGCAGCGGAGCCUCGCUCACACUCAAGCAGUACCCCGAGGCAUAGGCAGCGCCCGCCGGCCCAGGCUGGCUGCCAAUAAAGUUAGAUCUACGUACCGGCCGGGCAGGAGCGCAGAGAGGGUGAUUUCCGGCGU